GGGGAAAGAGAGGGAGGGAUGAAAUGGUAAAGAGGAUGUCAGAGGGAGGAAGAAAUAGAGCGUGAGGAGGAAGCCGGCCCGCUUGCAGGUGCAGGGGGCAGGAAUUGGGGUGCCCCCUGUCUGUGCCAGAAAUCCACUGAAGCAGAUCAAAAAGAAGUUUUAGGCAAUGAUGACAAUUUGAAGUCAGAUCUUCCAGACCAAAGUCCUCUCUUUACUGUACCAUAAUAGAUCAAGAGAUUUGAAAUCCAGUUGUCUGGUCUUGUGUUUUCUGUCAGCUUGUUGUGGAUGUCGGAGAGGAAGAGUAGAAGGACCUCCCCUUUCCCCAAGCCCUGACCCUCUCACGGGUUUGCAGUCCUCAAGGGACAUCACAUCAUGAAACGCUCCAGCAAAGCUCUUCAGUUGGCAUUUUUCCUGGUUCUUUUUCACAGCCCUGUCUCGCAGGCCUGGAGCUCCACACUCCCAAGCACAAUCCGGGCCCUCCAGGGCUCCUGCGUGGUCAUCCCCUGCUCAUUCACCUACCCAGGUUCCCGGGAUUCUUGGGGCGACAAAUUCAGCGUGGCGUGGUACCUAUACCGCUCGAGAGGCUACCCUGAAAUCUACAACAGCAAGAGCCCAGAGACUGUUCUGCCUGAGUAUCAGGGACGGACAGAAGUGUUGGGGAACCUGGAAAUGAACAACUGUACCCUCAGCAUCAACCCUGUGCGGAGUGAGGAUUCCUCCAGCUUCUAUGUCUGGAUCAACCCUGAUUCAGUCAAGCACCGGUUUUAUGAUGUCACAGUCCGAGUGGAAGUAGCAGAUACUCCAAGCCCAUUGGAGUUGAGUGACCCAGGCUUGCUGACAGAAGGGGACCGCACUAUGGUUACCUGCUCUACCCUGCACACCUGUCCCUUAACUCCGCCUACCCUUAGUUGGAGUCUUGAUGGAUCCAAGGCUGUUAUAGUCCAGGAGCGCUUGGCAGGAGGAUCCUGGAGAACAGAAUCAAGAUUUAGCUACACCCCUUCCCACAAAGACCAUGGCAAAUAUCUGCAAUGCACAGCCACCUUUCCAAAUCAGCAACAGUCUCGCAAUGGGAUCUACUUGGAGGUUAAAUAUACUCCCAAAAAUGCUGUUGUCUCUGUAGUGGGCAACCCGAUCCUGAAAGAAGGGGACACUGUCACCCUGCGGUGUAGCAGCCAAAGUAAUCCGCCUGCGGUCAGUUACCGCUGGUUCAGUGGGCCACGCAAAGCACCACUACGGGCGGCAGGUGUGGGAGCAGAGGUGAAGGUGGCAGAUAUACGGAGAGACUCUGGCCCGUACCACUGUGUUGCAGAGAAUGAUGUGGGAAUGGGAGAGGACUCACCACCCACCUACCUCAGCGUGGAGUAUAAGCCUGUCAUCCUGCCACAAGGAAAUUGCACUAUCUCAAGGACUGGAGAGACCGCCACCUGUUACUGUGUGGCAGAGGGAAACCCCUUACCUGGCAUCGAGUGGCGUCUCUUCAACCGUACUGUUCCCGGGGAAUUCAACAGCUCGGAUCUACAGGCUGCCUCAGCCUCUUGGGGAGAAGCCGUCAUUGGGAUGUUACGUGGCUCUGCCUCCACACUGGUCAAUGUCUCCUGCACAGCUACCAACAAACAUGGGCCCAGCUACCUCACCCUUCCAACCGUCCAGGCAGUGGACAUGAACUUUCUUCUCAUGAUAUCAGGAGGUGCUGUUGGGGGCCUCCUCUUCCUUACCUUGAUGGGGAUUGUGGUCUACAAGAUGGUGACCAGCAGGAAAAAUGAAGAAAAGCAAGAAGAAGAGGAGGAGGAGGAAGAAGAUCCUGCACUAUUUGUCACGGAUGGAGCCCUGGAACAGAAGACACCUGUCAAAAAAGAGAAACCUGCCAAAAAAGAGAAACAAUCCAAAUCCAAGAAGGAUGAGCAACUCAACAUGUACAGUAAGCCCCAAAAAGGAGGGAACACUGCUGGUGACAAGGAUUCAAGCACAGAAGCCUACGAGACCAUGGAAAUAGUAGAGGAUUAUGAGAAUUUAUCAACGGGAGCCUCGGGAGGACUUUAUGGGAACCUGAGCAAUUGGCAAACCACCUCUGGCCCUGAUCAAAUCUAUUCAAACGUGUGAUCCAAGAAGGGAAUGGACAAAAGAGUGUGUCUGAAUCUCUUUCUAUUUAACAAGUGCUUGUAUAACUAGAAUUAAGACUAGGUAGAGCAACAAGUGCAAUCGGGCAGGAGAGGCGGAGAGAUGUGGCGUCACAUUAGGAUACCUAAAUAAGUAAGCCUAAAGGGUUAACUCACAGAAGGCUCUAAGGAAGCAUGAUUAGAAUAAACCUUGGAAUGCCCUGCUGCAGGAAGUGGUAUUAAUGUUAACUCCCAAAACUUCUGAGAGGGAAUAUUUCAUGGGUGUAGAAUCCUGGUUUUCAAAGUAUUGAGGGAAGACAUCUUGGCAUUACCUCCUAAGACUCUUUCCUUCUGAGGAUAUAUUAUUGAUCUUUCCCCGCAAGGAUGUACAAUUUGCAAAGGGAUAGUGGAAAGGAUGGUUGCCUUCCAGGACUGCCUGCGGAGGGAAAUGCAGAUGUGCUGUUUUCAUCCCUUUCUUCUUUUUGUACAACCAAACUCUUUCCUGCUGUGCCGAGCCCAUUGUGUCAGUGCAUUUUUUUUCUGUCAGACUUUCAAAGUAUAUGUCUAUUUUUGUACUUUCAA